UACAUAAUAUAUACGAACGUUGAUUUAUUACACUUUGAUAUAAUCAUCAAGCUACAUUUUGCAACUCAUUGCCGAUCAUUGCUAACACAACAGUAACAACAACAACUUUCAACUAAAACUUAAAAGCUAUCUGAACUGUAUUAUUAGUAUUGCAUCUUGAGAUUGAUUUGAGCUGAUCGUCGUCAUGCCUUUCAGCAAAGGAAAAAAGGAUGAAAAGAAGGAGAAGAAGUCAGCAUACCCUGUCCAGCAGGUGGCACCAGCCUACCCAGUACAGCCUGCAGCCCAGCCUGCCUACCAACCACAAGCUUAUCCACAGGGCUAUCCACAGGGACCUCCACAAGGUUAUCCACAAGGACCUCCACAAGGUUAUCCACAAGGUGGACCACAAGGCCCGCCCCAAGGAGCUCCACCAGCUUACUCUGCUCAGGCUCCACUACCCGGUGCUCCGGGUUACCAACAACCACUACCCGGUGCUCCGGGUUACCAACAACCACUACCCGGUGCUCCAGGUUACCAACAACCUCCUGCUCAGGGGUACUACAUGCCUCAACAGCCGCAGUCAACAGUCGUCAUGCAGGGAGGCUUCGAGGCAGGUGCUAGAUUCUCCGGCAAUACUCCACCCACGAUCCCUCCCCCUCCCCCAGGAGUAGCCCCCAAUGCGGCCCAGAUGGCAGUUGCGACAGGUCAGAACGUUGUCAUUUCUCAGCAGAAAAGUAGCUGGAUGUCAGGCGGUGGGGACGGAGGAUACACAGUCUUUUAAAGCAGGAACACCCAACUCUGCAAGAUCAUUUAUUCAGUGGUAGCAGCCGCCGAUUUCACCUAACUCUUCCUAACUUAGGAUUAAUUUUAGGACUUGGGAUGAGUCCCAGCCUUGCACUGUAACAUGUAAACCUUAAGAUUAAUCCUAAGUAAGGACUAAUAACACGCCCUAACUCCAGGUUAAUCCGAGCAUUUCAUGAAAGUGGCUGCUGAACACUCAAGGGUCUUGAUCAACCCUGAAGUUCUAUCGUUGCAUGAUUCUGAGACAAUCAAUUAGCAGGGGAUGUCCUGCAGUCUUGUUUUGUGCAGUUCUCACUUACUAAGUUCUCACUUGAAUUCAAUGUCGUCAAAACAAAUUCUUAUUUUCUUAAACGAUGAUGAUAGACGAUGAGAUGUAUCAAUUCUUUCUUGGUUUUUGGGGUUGAACAAAGAAUUGACUAGAGUGGGAAUUAUUAUUCUGGGGACUUUUUUACACCUCAAAAACCUAGGUUCUUGCACAAGAUAUAGUAAUGUCUUAGAAUAAAAGAUAUUGUAAUGUCUUAAAAAAAGUGUGAUUCAGAAAACUUUUCCACAGGAAAUGUUGUCGAGAAUACAAGGUAGGUCAAGUUCAGACUUGUUUGUCUCCUUCCAAUCCUGCCAAUUUUGUCUGAGUUGGUAAAUACAUGCAACAUUUAUAUAAACAUUAUUUUUCUGCUCAACAGCUUCAUAAAAACAGGGCUCCAAACUUGAAGACCUUGGCAUAUAUUUCACCUUUACAAUAAACUUUAUUUAGAUUUCAGUUUGAUAAGAAUAAGUAGAAUUUAGAAAAAUCAAUUUCAAUCGGGCGAUUUUAAAAGUGUUGAUAUAAAUGUAAUGUAUAUCUGUGUAGUAGUAAUUAUGUAUCAGGUUGUAUUUUUAUAUAAUUGUAAGAUUGUAACUUCACAAAACCCUGUUACCCCCCCCCCAAUCGUUUCGACAUUAUAAUUUUAUUCAAACUAUAAAUCAAAAGUACAGUAUAAUACACAGAUUUGAAAAUUUUGUUCACAUUUUAUUCAAAAUUUUUUCAUCUUUCUCUUGUCAAAUUACAAAAAUGUAUUAAUUGCUUUAGUAGAGUACAAGAAUAAACAUUUUUUUCUAUAGUAUUUCUCUAUUGUUCAUAAUUAUUGUGUAUUGUUACCACAGCUACUGGUGGACCAAUAAUCAUGUCUAUUGGAACUGUAAUUUCACUAAGAAAUGUUUCUAGUUUUCCAAGUAGGUUAGAAGGGUGUACUUUUUGUAAUUGCUCCACAAGUUAUCAACCAUACCAACUUACCUGAUAAAGAGCACUGUACAGCUGUUGAUGUUAUAUCAAGAACCAGAAACACCCCUCCCCCUUUGACUGUUUGAAAGGGUAAUUUUCACCCCAAAUUUGAAUCUGAGAAAAAGCGUCGGGCAUGUAAGCACACAGCUCUAUGCAACUAGGUCAAUUUUUUUUCGUAAACCAAUUAAGCCCGAAUUGGCACGAGUUUGAUCUUUUAUACAAAUGUUGGGAUACACCAAAUUAUGAGGAAACUGGUUUUUGACAGUUACUAAAAGUAUACCAUACCUUUAAAGCC